GGAGCCCCGUUGGCCUCCUCGCCGCCACGCCAGCCACGCGAAGGAGGCUGCAAAGCGGCGAAAUCUUCGCGGGUUCGCCAGUUUUUUCCUGGCGUCUUUGUUUGGACGAGGAUCCGUUCAUUACGAGGAGAAUGCCACUGACUCGGAUCUGGGUGAUAUGGACCCAAGCCCGAUCAUAUGUGUUAAAGGAGCCAACAACUACACAGCAAGCGAGUUCACAAUUUGUGUUGACACAGUGCCGGUGAUGACCACAAGCAACAGGGCAGGCUCAUUCAAGUUGAUGUUCCUGCUCUAUUUUGUGUUGAACAUUUCGUUCCCAGAAGAAGUGGGCCUUACACUUGAAUUUAUUCAAAGGGGUAUUGCAAGCAUCAACCCACCGAGGGGCACCAAGAUUCUUAAAAAGAAGAAGAAGCAACACUGUGUGUCACCCGCGGUUGCCAAGCUGAUGGCUUCCCUGGAGGAAUAUGCCUUUUAAGCUGAAACAGUCUUAAAGCCUUCCUGAUUCAAAUAAAAGUGGCCGCCAAGUCAAGCAAACUAAUGGCACUAUCAAGAUUUCCCUGGUGCAAGUUCUCUUCAAUAUUUUUGUCCAUAAAAAGAAUACCAGGUAUAUACUCAGGAAGUGUAUCGUUAAGAGCCCAAGAGGGCAGAGUUAAGAGUCGAAGUAGGUAUGUUCAAUAAAUUCCAUUUAGUUUGAGCCCCAAGCGGGCCAAAGUUAAGAAAUAAAACUGCAGUUUCUAAUAGUCUGUUGAAGACAAGCCAUCUGUUCAGAGCCAAAGCGUGGCGAAUGCAAGAAAUAAAGUGGUUAUUU